CUUGCAUUUGAUUUUGAAGUGGGAUAACCGACAGUAUACAGAAGUUUAUGUUCAGCCAUAUUGAAUAUUGACAGUGCAAUCGUUGAAAGUGUGACACUAAAAAUAAAAUUUUUGCUAAGUGUUUCAUCUCCGAAUAGACAAGUGGGAUUUCCGCUUGCCCUCUGAACAUGAAUCACAUUUUUUGUUAUGUUUUGGCCAUCGCAGUCAUCAUACCCGAUCAAAUAUGGGGAUACCUAUCCAGCUCAGUAAAUGAACCAUAUUUAUCGGAUGUUCUUCUACGGGAAAUCGUAGAUCGUAUGGGAAAGGAUUUGGUUGAUGUUGCUUCGGAUGAUUCAUACAUUGAUCCGUCAAUCAACGAUAUGCCAUCACGAUUGGAAUUGAUGUCGCGUGCAUCCAAAGACCUGGAAGCCGAACAAAUGGAUUACGAUUCACUGUUGGAAGGUAAUAACCCGAGUCCAUCCCUACGCGAUCAGGAAUAUCUACAGCACAGUUCGUUGUGGGGACAUCAAUUCGUGUCAGGCGGUGGCGGCGAAGGACCCAGACAUAUUUCUCCCCAAAUCAAGACCGAUGCUACUCUACCGGCAUAUUGCAACCCACCGAAUCCAUGUCCCGUCGGAUUUACUGAAGAACAAGGAUGUCAGGUGAACUUUGAAAAUACAGCAGCUUACAGUCGGGACUAUCAAUCGGCCCAGGAGUGUAUGUGUGAUGGCGAACAUAUGUUUGACUGUUCCGGACAGGAUCAAAAUGAUGGUGGCCGUCAGCUCAGUUCGAAUUUGGAAUCGUAUUUGGCAAGGCAAUUUCAUACGUCGGAACACAAGAAUUUGGUGGCGAAAAAAUUCCAACCACACAAGAGCUUGAACCCAUACUUGACCGGUGAAAAACUACCAAUCGCAGCCAAAAAAGGAAACCAUGUCUAUUAAAAAUGUGCUCUGAUUUAACAAACAAAUCAAUUAACAUAAAACGAAUCUUUGAUGACGACAACGCGCAACUCAAAACGGAUAAACGCUAAAAAAAAACAAAAACCAGAAAUUUAAACGCAUAAUUUCGUUUUCACCUUAUGUAUAACUUUGCUAACUGUUUCUGUAUCGGUGUGAAUAUUAUAUUUAUCUUUAAAAAGAAAAAUUCAUCAAAUUUAUUGGCAAAUUUAAAUUUAAAAAUAAAAAUCCUAAAAAUUGUAUAAAAAUCGGGAGAGGGAUAUUUUAUUUGAGCAGUUAGAGAUUGUUUGACAGAUAGAAGAAGGACAACACUUCAAUGGAAAAGUAAAAUAUAACUACUUAGGGAAUGUAUGAUAGAUGGAAGGAUAAUGUUGAAAAUUUAAAUGAAAACGAAAAUUGAUUAAAUAAAAUUAAAUUAAAAAAUAAAAUUUGUUUAAUGGAAUCAGCAUACAAUGAAACAUUUUGAACGAUAAAUUUCAACAUAUCAAAGAACAAAUAUUAAGGAAUUUAAAUAAAACAACAGAACCCAUUCUCUAUGUUUAUAAAGAAAAUAUUAAACCAACAAGAACGUUACAAAUAUAAAAGAAAAAGAAAAAUUAAAAAUAUUUUAAAUAAAAAGUAAAAUUACUAACCAACUUAUUGUAUGUACAGACAUGUAUGUACGUUUAUUCAUAUGUAUUGGUCAAAAGAGAAAAAAAAAACAAAAAUAUUUUACCAUUUAAAUGUAGAAUGGACAUUUAAACAAAAAAUAAAAACAUUUAAAGUUAAAAUAUGAAACUAAAAUUAAACAAAAAAAAAUUAAUUGCUUUAAGAUCGAGCAAAAUUUAUAGAAAAACUUAUUUACUGAGGCAUUUAUUCAAACAUAAAUUAAACAAAAAUAUAUUUUUUCCAAAAUUUUGCUCCAAAUAUUUAAAAUAAAAUGAAAAAUUAAAUUAAAAAAAUUAAAAAAUUAACAAAAAAAAGUGUUUAAUGUAAAAUUAAAUUAAGGGAAUGGAGAUUUUGAAUUAUUUUUCUUUUUAAUUCUUUGAAGUAAAAUCAUCAAUUGAAGCUUCUGAAAUUGGAUAAACGACAAAGUCGUGACCACCGAUCCGGGUUAAUAAAAUUGAAUGCAAAACAAAGUGUUUUUUUGAUUGAUGAAAGUGUUUGAAAGAAUUAAAAUUGAAAAAACAAUUUACAUUGAAAGUCGCAUUGAUUGAAUCAUAAAAAAAGGUGAAGAUGAAACAAAAACUUAAACAAUUGCAAUGACAAUAUUAUAAGAAACACCCAAAGUGUGAACAUUAUGACAUCACAUCUUGCAGUUUGCAGACAUAAAAAAUAUUGAGACAUAAAAAACAAAAUUGAAAUUAAAUUUAAAAACCCAAAGAAAA